AUGGAGAAGGUUAAGGUCAUUAAGGAACGGUUAAAAACUGCCCAGAGUCAUCAGAAGUCCUAUUCGGAUGUACGUCGUAGGGGUUUGGAGUUCCAAGAGGAUGAUUGGGCAAGUCCAAAAGCUGAGAAACAAAGUGAUUGCCUCCGCAAAAGUGCUAUGGUGAAACCAACAGGAGUGGUUUUGGAAUUCUCUGGCAAGUGGAUAGGCCCAAUUACAGGGGGAAACUCUGGCGAAAUUUUUGUAAAUUCAGAGAGAUAUUGGGAAUGGGCUGAAGAUGUACUUGGUGGAAGCCAACAAACCCUGAGUACACCAAAGAUUUACGAUGCUGUCUAUGCCUCACUUUUCACUUAUGAUCGGAACUUGAACAUUUUGCAAGCAUUUUGUGAGGCUUGGUGCCCCAAGACGAACACGCUUCUUACAUCAGUCAGGAAACUAUCUAUCUCUCUUUGGGACUUACAUAUCCUUGGAGGUCUGCCCAUUGCGGUUUCUCCGUACGAAGAAGUGGUACCUGAGACAAGAGAACUCAUCGGUUUGGACGAAAAACAUAUAAGAUUUAUUCCUCGAUCUUGCGAGUAUUUAUUUGAUGCCUUCCAUCACCUAAAGGAAGAAAACUCAAUUCAUCCCGAGACUUUUAAGAUGGCAAGCAUGAUGGCAAGCGGGCGAAAGAUUAGCCUUGCGGUCCCAGUUUUGGCGAGUAUUUAUCAUGGUUUGAAUAAGAUUUCGUGUUCUUCCCAACUUGAUCAGGUCAAAGUUUAUUUUCACAUCCAUUAUGUUUAUGGCUGGCUUGCACAUUACUUCAAAACCCAUUAUCCACUUGCUAAGGGUUCGUCCGUCCCUUUGAUGGUGGCAUACUCAAGAGAGGGAGCUGCGAGGUACUUUGACGAGAAGGAUGCAAGAAAAUGCAUCCACAAUGGGGAGGAUAUAGUUUGGACACCAACAAUGUUAACUAAUUCUCGUCCUUAUUAUUAUGUGGAUAACGAUGCCCCUCAAGUGUUGAAGUCAAAUUACUUCAUGAGCUUACGUUUUAAUUACCUCCCUUUGACGUAUGGUAACUCAUUCAUCAUCGAGCCAUAUAGCCCACAUCGGUUUGGUCGUCAAUUUGGGUUUUACCAGAACGUCCCCGGUUUUUUAGAAAAUGAUAUCCGUAGCGCCUCAAUAGAUGAAAGACUCAGAUUUUGGAGGAUUUGCACACUUUAUCGGUCUAUGUCACGUGCGGCUUUUCCCCCAACGGGAGAUCCUGUGGAGAAGCCUUUCUCCACCAAUUAUUUGUCUUGA